ACCGCGGGAGGAAGCAAAGGCUCAGAGCUCCCUCACAACUCCGCGCAGGGGACCGCUAGGCGGCGCUGGGGACCCGCAACCCGGCGACCUGGCGACCUAGGUGACCCCUGCGACCCCGUGCACGACCCCCGCUUCCAGCCGCCGGCCCCCGCGCCCAGGCUGCGCCAUGCGGAUCAAGCGCGGGAACUUGCUGGUGGCCUUGGCCACGCUGGUCCACGGCAUGCUGUUCAGCUUCACCUGGUUCUGCCUCUCCAGGAUGACCCAGACCAGUAAUCAACUAACUAAUUGCAAAAACCAUAUUUUGGAGUUUAAGGAAACCAUACUACAUUUAAAAAGUAGAAGUAAAAGAAAUAGUGAAGAACUCGCAAAGGCCUUGACUGAGAUGCAGAUUGAAAUUAUGCAGAGAAGAAAUGUGCCACGAGAUGUAGAUGAGAAGAAAAUGAAUAUACCAAGUGAAGGAGAAACAGUUUCUACAAUAUUUGAAGACUUUAAGUUGUUUCUACCUCAUCUAAGGAGUGUCAAAAGAAUUUAUCCUAAAGUAAUCAUGAGCCAAGGGAAAACAGAUGUUUCUUUUGCGCUAGGAAUUCCCACUGUGAGCAGAGGAAAUCACACUUACCUGAACCAAGUGCUGAACUCUGUUGUCACCGGGAUUAAGCCCUGGGAAGAGGAUGCUGUAGUGAUCAUUUCUGUCGCAGAUAGUAAUGAAGAUUAUGUAAAGUGGGUUGGUGACAUGGUUACAAAAAAAUUCUAUAGUCAAGUGAAGUCUGGAUCCUUAGAAGUUAUUUCAGUCCCUGACUUUUUUUAUCCAAGCAUGUUACACGAGGAACCAACUGAUGAUGCCCAAAAGAAGAAGCGUUGGCGUAUAAAACAAGUAUUGGAUUUCUGUGUUUUAAUGGCAUAUGCCCAACCUAAGGCCACAUAUUACUUACAGCUACAAGAUAAUAUAAUAGCUAAAAAGACAUACUUUAUAGAAUUAAUCCAAUUUGUAAGUAAUAUGACUUCGAACGAUUGGUUUUGUAUUCAGUUUUCAGCGCUGGGAUUCACAGGAAAACUAUUCAAGUCUAAAGACUUACCUGGAUUUUUACAUUUUUUUUUAAUGUUCUACAAGGAAAAACGUAUUGACUUACUCUUAGAUGAAAUUUUUCACAUAAAGAUAUGUGAUGCAGAGGAAAAACUAGAAAAAUGUGUGAAACGAAAGAGGGAAAUGUGUAUAGAGUAUAAUUCUCCUCUUUUCCAGCAUGUGGGUAUGCAGUCAUCAGCACCCGAACCAGUACAACACUUUGAAAGAAGGGCACGACUGUGUGAGGUUGGCCGGUGCAGGCCAUCAGCUGUCAGCAAGUCCGAGAAGGUCAGUCAGCAGCGAAUCUGGCAUUGA